AACAAUAUACAUGUACUAGACACCACUGGUAGCUGGAUAACGGGAUAAGGUCAAUGGUGUCGUAGUUUUACUGCAGCUGUAACAAGCUUUAUACCCCAAUGUUUAGCAUUGAUAUUGCCUACAUGUAAUGUAUGCUUGAGCCAAGAAGGUGCAAAUGGACUGACUGUCACCGAUUGACAACACAAUGUUGUUUGACAAGAUACUUGGUGCUUCGAAAAGAGUAGCAAAUUAUAUCAGUCCAACUCCAGUUUUUACUAGUGGUACAGUUGACAAAUUGACAGGAAGGAAUGUGUUUUUCAAGGCUGAAAAUCUUCAGAAAACGGGCUCUUUCAAGAUUCGGGGAGCUUUAAAUGCUAUUAUUUUAUUGAAGGAAAAUCAAGCACAGACAAAUGGUGUGGUCACCCAUAGCACAGGUAACCAUGGCUCAGGGCUGGCCUGUGCUGCCCAGAUGGUUGGGGUACCAUGCACCGUUGUGGUGCCCCACACUACCGCUUCAGUCAAGGUGGAUGCCAUCAGGUGGUACGGAGCUGAUGUGGUCUUCUGCGAACCAACCCAACAAUCAAGGAAGGAAACAUGUGAGCGUGUCGCCUCUGAAAAGAACCUGUCCUUUGUUCCUGCAUAUGAUGACUAUAAUGUAAUGGCAGGUCAGGGGACUAUUGGUAUAGAGAUAUGUGAACAGGUACCAGACCUCGAUGCUGUCCUAGUCAUGACCAGUGGUGGUGGCCUCAUAGCAGGUAUCGCUACAGCAGUAAAGGGAAUGAAGCCAAAUGUCAAAGUUUUUGCUGUUGAACCAGAAGGAAAAGAUCUCCAAAGAUCUCUUGAGUCAGGAGAGAGAAUGUGGGUAGGACCACCUAAAACCCUUGAUACAGUAGCCGAUGCUACACCUACCCAGCAGGUUGGACAGCUUACUUGGCCUAUUGUCAGAGAUCUUGUUGAGAAACAAGUAUUUACAGUGACAGAUGAUGAAAUCAUUUCAGCAAUGAAAUUUACAUGGACAAGAUUAAAGCUUGUCGUGGAAGCAGCCGGGGCAGCCCCGGUAGCAGCUGUUUUGUCGGACCAGAUGAGGGCGCUUGAUCCCAGCUUGAAGAAUGUGGCAGUAAUUUUGUGUGGUGGGAAUGUGAAUAUUGAUCAGUUGCCGUGGUGAUUGUACAUCUAUUAACAGUCAUUACAGAAUUUUAUCUGCAACAUCAUCAUCUGUCUGGUGCUAUACAUAUUUCAUCUGCUUAGAGACAUAGAGCUUUUCCAAGCUCUUGUACUCUUUGAAAGUGUUUAAAUUAUUCUCUCCAUGCUCUUUGUAGAUAGUUUUGUUCAAAUUUUAGCAGUCUUUGAAUAUAUUCGUACAAAAAAAAAGAAACUGAUGUUGAAACUCCAGCACAAAAUGUUUUUGAGGCUUAAUUUUUAUUAUUGAAUCAAAGACUUAUAUUUAUAUCAUACAUUUUGCAGCAUUGUCUUUCAGUAUCCUCAUAAUUAUAUUAAUUCAUCUACCUUACCUGUAGAUAUAGAUGGAGAAUAAUAAUGCAUAAAAUAACAAAGUAAAUGCUGCAUCAAUUCGUGAAAGCUUACUAGAAUCGAGUGUUCCCUUUACAAAUCCUGUGGGUAUUCUAUGCACAAAGGCAAACAGUGAAAAUAUGCAUGAAGAGUGUUGAGUCCUAGUAAUCAGGGCAGUUAGAGUCAGUUUUAUCUGUUUUGUAUAUUUUAGGUACAAGAGUCCCAUUAAAAAAUUUCACACUAAUGCCAAGUAAGUGACUUUAUAAUGAAAACAUGCAAGAGUUCUGUCAUAAUACUCACUUAGUAUCAUAGGGGUAUUCAUUUACAUGUAUUUCAAAUGUGAAUGAUCAGAGGCCCAUUAUUUUUUUUUUUUGGGGGGGGACAAUUUUAUCAAUUUGAUAUUGUUUUUUUCUGGAAAGCUAAAACUUUAGAUAUGGUAAUAUAUGAAAUAAUAUAUUGGUCAUUGUGUCAUGUAUAUGUUCAACUUAUGUGUAAAUGUUGAGUGCUGAAUUCACUGUGACAAGACAGAUUUUGAUGUUGGUAAACCAUUUGAUUCAGUUCUCUUGAUGUAAGUGAACCCACCAAAAAAUGAACAUAUUUUUUAAAAGUGUUCAAGUUUUUCCAUGUUUUAGAUAUUCAAUUGUGAAGUCAGGAGAUAAAACCAUUUCAUUCAAUAAAGUUUGUUUCUCUGCACUCACCAGACAUUGUAGUGUUGAAGGUGAUGUCUUCAACACUCAGCAUGAAGGAGUGCAUAUUUUGGUGGGGUUCACUAACUUUUGUACAUGUAGGGACAGGUUCACCAUGGGGACAACCCAUUUUCCAUAACCUCUUGAUUUAAAACAAGAUGAAUUUUAAAGAAGAAAUUCCUGUGACUGACUGAACGAAGGCAAUAUUUCAGCUGAGGAUUUACUUGUCUUUUUGGACAUAUCUCUUGAACAUUACAUACCUACAUUAGCGCAUCAUGGUAAAACCAGCAGACAAGCCCGUGUUGACUGGCUAAUACAAAAAUAAGAGCCGUUAUGGAGGUACUCGUAAUGCUUAUUGUAUGAGCCUAUGCAUUUUGGGGGCUAUUUGGCUUUCCAUGUAGUCAUGCCGCCAGAUUUCAUCAUGAUGCAGUACUUAUUGGUUAUUUUACUGCCUGCUUUCAAUAAUACUCA